AUGCGAAACGAAAAAGUUUUCGAGCAUCAAAAUAUCGAAAAUAAUUUUUGCAAAUUUCGAGGCUUAUAUCUUUAGUUUGGUCAACGGGAACCAUAGGAAAACUCAUCAGAACUCCUGAAUUUCAAGAA